AACAUUUUGGUUUUCCAUGAAAAAGAUAAAAGGGAAAACAAAUCUCUGGUUAACACUAUGGAAGUUGAAAACGGGUUUUUGUCAAGUGGAAAUGGGACACAUCUCUCAGUUUGGGAUAGAAGCUCAAAUGUCCAACUUUCUGACAUGCCAUCUAAAAGAAAGCGAACGUGCACUACAAAUGACAGCACUGGAUGUCCCUGUGAAGCAAAUGGAAACGAAAAAAGAGCUACAGCUCAAGAAACUGUCAGUUUACGCAGAAGUUCAUUUGUAUCAAUUUAUGCAAACAGAGGUGUGUAUCAGUCAGAGUGCUGGAAACCAAAUGGAAGCACACUGUACCUGCCAGUCACAAGCAAUCUGUUAGUGAACAUGGAAAAGUAUGACCAGAUCAGCUUUGAGGAAGGAUCCUUUUUCAUUGGAGACAAAUCCGGAGGAUGCUUGCAGAGGGAACAUGGUCAAGUUAUUCACUGCUGGCGAUAUGAUGGCCAGGAUAAGAAACUUUUCAUUGCUUUGUCAUUUCUCUUUAUACAUAUCCAUAUGUUCCAGGAAGUUCUCAGCAUUCUUGGUGGAAUCUGAAAAUAUAAAGCUGACCAAAUGAACACAGCUAAUCUCUACAACCAAAAGGAUUUCUUGUAAGACAUGUUCUGAAUUCUUUGUGAUUGCAUAGGUCUGUGUGUAUCUGUUUUAUUUUGUAAAGACACCUGCACAACCUAUAUAUUCCCACACUUUGCAGCAAAAUUAUUUGUGUUUCACAUACAACUGCACGUAGCAUAGCUGACUUGCAUAGAGUUUUCUUUUCUGUUUUACAUGCACAGUCAGUGCCUAGAGCAAUUUAAUGAGGACAGUCCAUAGUAAUGAGGGAAGAGAAAGGUUUGAGUAGCUAUCUUUCAUCCUUCUAUGCAUUUAAAUAUUUAUAGAGGCAUUGUGCAUAUAUCAACUUUUAAUGGUUCAAUUUCCUUCAACACUGAUGGUCUUAUUUUGUAGUUUUUAUUUUUUUUAUUUUAUUGAUGCAGUGCUGGAAUGCUUUCAUUGUUUUAUUGUUUGCCUUCUUUUUCUGAAUUUAUAAAUAAAGAUAUAGUAACAUA